CUCCCCGUCCCCUAGUGGUUAUUUCCACCCCUCGCCGUCUCCAUCUCCGGGUCAAAUCGCAUCGAGCCCAUCUCCAUUUCCGCCGCCGCCGCCGCCGUCGAGAGAGAGAUCCCGGCCCCGCCCCACCCACCACCAUGUGGCGCCGCGUCCAAACCCUAGCCCCCGCCCUGCGCCGGGCCGCCGCCGCCGCCGCCGCAUCCACCCCCGCGGCGCCCGCCGCCUCUGCAGCCCGCGCUGCCCCGCUCUCCUCGGCGGCCGGCGCCUUCCGCCGCACCAGCCCGCUCCUCUCAGGGGACAAGCCGGCGAGGGUGGAGGACGUCAUGCCCAUCGCCACCGGGCUCGAGCGCGAGGAGCUGGAGGCCGAGCUCCAGGGAAAGAAGCGGUUUGACAUGGAUCCCCCGGUCGGCCCCUUCGGUACCAAGGAGGCACCAGCUGUCAUUGAGUCCUACUACAACAAGCGGAUAGUCGGUUGCCCCGGUGGUGAAGGAGAGGAUGAACAUGAUGUUGUAUGGUUUUGGUUGAAAAAAGACGAGCCACAUGAGUGUCCAGUCUGCUCGCAAUACUUUGUGCUGAAGGUCAUUGGUGAUGGUGGAGAUCCAGAUGGUCAUGACAACGAUGAUGAAGGACAUCACUAAGGAUGCCUCAGGGUUCAGAAAAUAAUGAAUUUGAUGAGGCAGAUGAUUUCAUUAUACUUAUUUUCUAUCACCAGACUUCUCUACGGGGUCCUUGUUUAUGAAAAUAGACAUUUGGCCAUCAAGCAGGUGGUAGUUUUCACCUAGGAAUUUUGUCCAAACAAAAGCUUUUUGUGAUUUGACUUGUGCAUUUGUUUCAGAGCAUCAUCGAAUAAAAGAUGACUGCAUCAGAUUGCUUUCUUUUGCUACCUAAUUGCCCAUCGGGUGUGAUGGGCAUGUUAUAUUCAGGCAUGCAACAGCCCUAUUUCUCUGCUUAGUUUGGCAGGCAGUUUACAGAAGGCCUCCUAAAUCUUUGACAAGUUUCAAGACAGUUUGGUGAUCAUUUUUUUUGAGUAUCAGAGUAACCUAUCA